AUGUCAACGCAGCUGGUUCGCGAGGUUAUUUUCUCCUCCGUUGUUUGGACAGCGGGUGAUUUUCUCGCUCAGUUUUUAGAUGUCCAUAUCGAUGCUGCGCGUCGCCGCGCCGCUGGUGAACCGAAAAGCGAUCACCCCUCUGGAAAGCAAAUGAUAAUAAUGGUGGAUCAACAAAGGUUGGGGUUUGCUGCCGUGUUUGGUGCCAUUGUUGCGCCUGGGAUGAUUCACUUUCGUGGCAUAUUAGCCCGUGUGGUAGGCUCGGCUCAUGGCAAUACAUUGGCUGCCUUUUCUAUUCUCACCGCUCAGCAGUUGUUUGCCACACCGCUCAUGUUGCUGUUCUAUCACAAUAGUGCGACGAUGGUUCGCGGCGGAUUUACCGAUCCAAGCUUUUUAUCUGCUCACGAAACCAGCGUGAUCGCAAGACUGCGUGGCCGCUACGAUGCCAUGGCCGUGGAGCGGCGCAUUGCGAUUGAUAUUUUGCCCCAAACACUCCUCGCUUCCUGGUGUGUUUUCUUACCUCAGGUACUGCACAGUUAUAUGCGCGGGAGGUCUCUUAGAAGCCGUUACGCUGCUUGUCUGCACAUUCCAUGGCUCGCUUAUGUAUCGUACGUGCAGAGCACGAUGUUAUUGUGA